AUGGGCCGUCCUUCCAAAGCCAAACGCAAAGCUUCACGUCCUUCUUUGCCACCUGAUGAUCGUAGGCACAAAUUAUCUCCGCAGCUUGCGUAUGGGCCUGUAACCAUAUCUUCCCCACAUCUACCCGGGGUGCCGCUGCUAGCAGUGUCCUUGAAAGGAAAACGGCAGAAUAGGAACAAGCGAAAACGUCUUCCGCAUCCGCCGCCUCCUCUACCGCCGCCUCCUACAUCUCCUCUCUUGACGUCUCUUUCGUUGCGCCUCGUGCAUCUCCCCGAUACUUCAUCACACGCUGACGGGCCCGGUGUGAAAGCUUUCCCGCAGAUUCAGAAGGCCAAAUCAGGGGAUAAACCAGCAUCGACCGGCCCGCCGCCUGCCCCUUUACUUGCACUUGAUGUCGCGCAUUCCGAUGGUGGCGCUCAUCGUGACGUGGAUACGGACGCGGAACACAACGAGCAGACCCCAAAGGCUUCAUCUCGGUUAUUGCCCGGAUUUUCGACCACCGUCGUUGGUGCCAAUUUCUUAAACAAUAUCGUUCUGCCUUUCUCGUGGCCUUCUUCAUUUCGACAUCUGCAUCCAGACGAUGGCUCGUCGGAUAAUGGUGAUUGGGACACGCAAACUCCAAGGGCUUCCCUCAGAUCUUUGUCGACAGUGUGGUCUGCGAGCAUCCGCCCCGCUCUCUCCAUCGAGAUUCCUUCACCCUUGCUUGCUCCUCCAUCUCCGCCUGAGUCACCUCAACCUCUGUUUCAUUACCAUGGCGCGCCCUACAAUCGCAAGUCGGACACAGACAUCAACGUGCAGACGUCAGUCGCGAAACCAGACCCUCUGCCGGACUGGUCGCCCAAAGGAACUCAUCGCAUUUUCUAUGACAUCGCUCCGCACGAAUCCAAGCCGCAUGCUAUUCACUACGUGUCCAUCGGUACGCCGGAGCAGCCAUCUCCCAGGCCACAACGGCAAGAUUCGAAGGACCCCAUCUUCAAGACCGCACAGCAGGAAUCGAACCAAUACUGCUCGUUCAUGCUACCCAUCAUCGACCUCUGUAUCUGGGGUGCCAAUGAUUUACCCCCGCGUAAUCUCUGGAGAGCCGACUGGGAAACCAGUGCUUUCGGAUGCUGGCCGACCGGCAAGAGCAUACUUGAGUACACACAUGCGCUUGGCGUUUAUCCCGCUCGCGCAGCGUACUUCUGUGCCUACCCCAAGAGAAGGGGAAAGUCCAUAAUCGAUCCAGACAGCCCAGGUCAUCCAUCCCAAUCAUCCUACCCCUUCAACUACGACGAAGGAACCUAUCUGGUAAUAGCGAUACCUGAACAGGAGGGCGGCGGGGUUGAUGAUGGUGUACGGUUGACGCAGGAGCAUGUCACAGCAGCACUCAGGUUUUUCCAGCACGCCUUCAAAUCCGGUAGACACAAGUCCCGGGUGCUGAUCAGUUGCCCGCCUGAGUAUCAGCGUGAAGCAAUCGCGUUGGCGGCCUGCUACCCUGCACAUUGCAUGCAGCGCUCUAUCCAACCUAUCUUUGAGGCGGCGAGGAGCGAACUUCCUAUUCUGAAGUCUUGGGCGGACAGCAUUCCAAAAUCGCAGCGCGACACGGGCUUUUUGGAUGAUUGUCUGCAUCACUUUAACCGACUAUCUUUAUUGCAAAUUCUAUGA